CCUAACCAUAUCAAAUAUGUGCAUAGAUAUUCAAUAGCAGCAAGUGAUAAGCGUGUUGUGCUCAAGAGCCACGUACAGCGAAAUGCAAAAGCAAAUAAUAUGCCAUAUUUAUUUUGUAAAACUCUCAAGUUACACAAACAAAGCAGCGUAGAAAAUUACCCUUACGCUCAUUGGUCCUUAAAACGAUCGUUCCUUCAACAAGGGUUGUUCUACGCAGGCGCAAAGGUAUAAAUAGUCAGCGUGGCAAGGAGCAGAACAUCAUUCGUAGUCUUGCACACAAGCGAGCAACUUAACUCCAAAGUCAAACAGCAAGUUAAAUUCUUUUCUAAAAACGUAAAACCGAAAUCAACGCAUCAAUAAAAAUGUCUUACGCUAAACUCGUGAACACUUGCAACGCCAGCACUUUGGCUGAGCAAAGCAUCAACAAACCUAACUACACACCAGGCAAGGCGCUGAAGAAGGCAUUCAAGUUACUAAAAAGCGUUUUCAAGUCAACAACAGUCAGCAAAGCAGAUAACAACAACAACGUAAAGCAGCAAAUCACAGACACAAAACCACAAGCGACAACUGAUGUGCCUCAAGCAGUAACCGAGCAGCAGCAACAGACCCACGAAGACGAAGCAUCCACACUCAACGUUAGCAUACUAACCACUUGUUCAACACUCAGCGCAGAGGAGUCCGAGAACGAAUUAAACGAGUUAGCUGAGUUGGCGACUAUAAACCAAUCGAUCACUGAUGAGUAAACCGCUGAAGUUGGUUACGACGCUGAACUGAUAUUCGUGGAUGUUGCUGCAUUCUUUUAGCAAGCCGCUGGUUCCUUCUAGGACCUGGUGCGUCCUUAAACCGCACCGCUUACAAUUUCACAACGAACGCUUUAUAUUCUCGGAGCUUUAAUAGUUUAUGUAUAGCCAAGCGUAUAUAUGUAUGUGUGUGAUGCAGUCGAACUGCCAAGCUUUGUUCUCGAUGUGCCCUCGCCCUUAAUUGUUCUACAUAACCACUAACACAUAUGUGUUUAACUCUUUGUGAGUGGAUGUGUAGACUGGCUAUUAACAUAAUAUCGAUGAACCACUGAAAGCUUUAAUUGUAUUUUAUCAUUUGUCUUCCAAAUAGUUUUAAGUCAGUAUAAGAGAACAUGUAUUUUUUCUGAUAAUUUUUUAUAAACAAUUUUUUUAUAAAACUGAAAUUUGUUGCUUGUUUCUUUGCUCUUUGGUAUAAUCUUCAGUUUUUACAUCUUGUUGCAACGCCUUUAGAGGUUUUAGGUUAAAUCAGUUACAAUGAGAAAAUUAUAUGAAAAUUCGGGAUGUCUGUCUUUGAGUUUUGAUUUCAGAUUAUUUUCGCUAUCCACUGACAGCAAAUGUAUGAAAACUUCUACUUAGCGUUUGCUUCAAAUAUACUUUUUUGUCGUAAAAAUAUAUUUUUUUAAAUAAGUAUCGCAUGUCCUUUCUAAUACCAUUUGAAAGACGUGUACAAAGUUCCACAAUAAACGGUUAAGAGAUUUCGGCUUGAAAGCGUUACAAACAAACUUUUGUAC